CAAUUCGACCCCUUGAAAAACCAGUCCCUUGAAAGACUGGUAAAGCAUCAGAUCAGGAGAUUUGGUAUUUAAUUUUGUGACGAGCCAUUUAAAAGCAAGUUUGAAGCAUGAAGACAACGACACCAGUCACCGCCAGCAGGCGACGAUCUCAAGCACCUGGGACACCGAAUCGCUUGGCAACCCUAUAUGGCCUGCUGCUACUACUGCUGCUGCUGCUUACGAGUGAUGCACUAUCGCAGGAAUCGUCCGAAAAUGAGCAGCCACCCAACAUCGUGUUCAUUCUGGCGGAUGAUUUGGGCUGGAACGAUGUGGGAUUUCACGGAUCGGCCCAAAUUCCGACGCACAAUCUGGACGCCCUAGCUUACUCCGGUAUCAUUCUGAACCGGUACUACGUGAACCCGAUCUGUACACCAUCCCGGUCGGCGCUAAUGACUGGAAAGUAUCCGAUCCAUACCGGCAUGCAGCAUUCGGUACUGUACGCAAUGGAACCACGAGGACUGCCGCUCACGGAGAAGCUACUACCACAGUAUCUACAGGAACUGGGCUACACCAACCACAUCGUCGGUAAGUGGCACCUCGGCCAUUACCAGCUACGCUACACACCGCUCCAACGCGGUUUCGAUAGUCACACCGGAUUUUGGACCGGGCAUCAGCAUGCAAACGAUCAUACGGCGGUCGAGCAUGGCCACUGGGGACUCGAUAUGCGCCGGGGUUACGAUGUGGCGUACGAUCUGCAUGGACAGUACACAACGCACGUGCUGGGAGAGGAAGGAGUCCGGAUAAUCGGGCGCCAUAACACAAGUCAACCGCUUUUCCUAUACGUCGCCUACGGAGCCGUCCAUUCGGCGAAUCCGUACGAUUUUCUACCCGCACCCGAUGAAACAGUCGACGAAUUGGCCGAUAUCGUAAACUACAAGCGCCGAAAGUUUGCCGCCAUGAUGGUGGAGUUGGAUCGAACCGUAGGCUCGCUGGUGCAAGCACUGCACACACGACAAAUGCUAGAAAACACAAUCAUUGUGUUCAGCACCGAUAACGGUGGUCCCGCCGAGGGUUUCAACUACAAUGCGGCCUCCAACUGGCCACUGCGGGGUGUCAAGAAUACACUCUGGGAGGGUGGUGUCCGUGGGGCGGCAUUCAUUUGGAGUCCUCUGUUGAAGAAGCGACACGCCGUAUCACAGCAAACGAUGCAGGUGUGCGAUUGGCUUCCGACACUGUACGAGGCUGCAGGAGGUAACCUUAGUGCGUUACCAGAAGAUCUGGAUGGCAUAAGCGUGUGGAAGGAGCUUAAUACCGGUGAACCGACGGCACGCAUCGAGAUCCUCCACAACAUUGACGACAUCUGGCAGAGUGCCGCCCUUACCGUGGGUAGUUGGAAGAUCGUCAAAGGCACACAUUACAAUGGUACCUGGGACGGCUGGUAUGGACCGGCCGGGACGAGGAAAGAAACGGCCUAUCCCUUAGACGCCAUCUUGAACAGCACCGCGGGUCUUGUGUUGAGCAAAGUGAAAGUACUUCCGACGAAGGAAACGAUUCUACAACUCCGGCGUGCGGCCACGGUGUCCUGUGGUACGGGUGCCCACAUGGCGAACCGCUGCGAGCCACAGGCAAACACCGUGUGCCUGUUCGACCUGGAGGUGGAUCCGUGCGAGUACAACAAUCUAGCGGACACCCAUCCGCACAUCGUGCAAAGUUUGCUUGCCCGGUUGGCCGAUUACAACAGCACGGCGAUCCCACCAGCAAACAUGGGGGACGAUCCUCGAGGAGAACCUCGUCUUUGGAACUACACGUGGCACAAUUUUGGCGACGAACCGGUACCGGAGGUAUUGACGGUGAAGGAUUUGUGAGAAAAAAUUUCGGCAUUUAGAUGGCACCACGCGUGUGGU